AUGGCUUCCUCGUCCGCAGCAGCCUCGACCUUGACCCGUCCGAGAGCACAGGUUGCCAUCACCCUUGUUUCCCUCGCAGCCGCUUCGCUAGGCUACUACUACUACUACUACUACUACUACUACUACUACACGCAAUACACCCUCCACGGCCAAGAGCAGCUCGACGACCCCGCCCCGGGCCUGCAUCGCCGCAAUGCUCUCCGCCGACCUCGCGGAGCUGGCCAGUCGCUCGACGACUCGGACGAGUCUGAAUCCCAUGGCGACGAGAACCAAGAUGCCGGUCCCCUCAUCCCCCUCACCGAACUCCCCCCGGUCGACGGCCACACCCCCGACGAGUGGUACAACGACCCCGUCCACGCCCCGAGGCAGCGUACCGGCGAGAACAUCGUGACCUUGCUGUUCAGGGUCUCCGAGGACAACGCUAGACGGAACGCUUAUGUCCAUCGUGGCUGCCAGUGUAACGGCUGCGGCAUGUUGCCCAUCCGCGGCAUUCGCUAUCGCUGUGCCAACUGCGCCGACUUCGAUCUGUGUGAGGUCUGCGAGUCGCAACGCCUGCACAACCAGACGCACGUCUUCUACAAGAUCAAGGUGCCCGCCCCGCCCUUCGGCCCGCGACACGUCCAGCCAGCCUGGUACCCGGGCGACCCCGACAGCGCCCUUAGGAGCCUGCCUAGGUACCUGCUCACCAAGUGGUCCAACGACACGGGCUUCGAGAGGGUCGAACUGGAUGCUUUCUGGGAACAGUGGACUUUCAUGGCAAACACCGAAUGGAGGGAAGACCCGCACGGCCUGGGUCUGGCCAUGGAUCGGAAGACUUUCGAGCGCUGUCUGGUGCCGUCUGGCGGCUACCGACACGCCGCUCCCAACCUGAUCCACGACCGCAUGUUUGCAUUCUAUGAUACAAACCACGACGACCUGAUCGGUUUCGAGGAGUUCCUCCACGGCCUAUCAUACAGAAAGAGGAAGGAUAAGCUUCGGAGGACUUUCGAUGGCUACGACAUUGACGGGGAUGGCUAUGUGAACCGCCGUGACUUCCUGCGCAUGUUCCGAGCCUACUACGUUCUCUACAAGCAGAUGCACCGAGAUAUUCUCGAGGGACUAGACGACCACGUCAUGACCACUACCGAGGCUCAUCAGCUUAUCAACGGCAGACAGCCCCUGAGCAGCUUCUUUGGCCGAGAAGGUAGGGUGCCUCCCGCCGACCAUGGCAGACCCAUGGAGGGCAAGAUAUUUCGAUCGGAUGGCGAGAUAGAUGUACGUGACGGCCGGGGCGUCGUCAACCAGGACAAGCCAGAUACCUCGAGCCGCGAGGAGAUACUGACUGGACUCCUCACACGCAACAGCAACCAGAGCUUGUUCACCGAGUCUUUCGGAUCCUCCUCCAGAAUGCCCCAUUCUCCCAACCGAGACACCCGUUAUUUGUCAGGCGUUAUAAACCCACCUCAGAAUACCGUUGACCUGGCUUCGUUGCUCUCUGGCGACUACGCACAGCUUGACGAUAUCAUCGAGUCCAUCCGCCAUGAAGACCCAGGCCCCUCCUUGGUAGUCGAUGCAGAGUCUGGCUCGUCUGACGAAGGUGAACAGAGCACGCCAGAAGAACAGGAUACAAAUGAUGCCGAGGAAGCUGAGCCUAUCGAUGAAGCCACGAAUGUCGCCAGCGAAACUGUUUCGAACCGCUCACUCCCAGACGCCUCAAGGUUCACCAAUACACUGCCGACACAAAGCCAGCUUCGUGUACAGCAUCAAGCGAUUGUCGCGAGGACCCAACGCCUGGGCCUCGAUAAGCACAAGAGACUUGUCGCCCGAAAGGCGCUUCACGAAAGAUGGAAGCGGCGUCAAUUCUACCUGGACGAGGAAGAGGGCGGCUUACCGCCACAGGGCUGGGAUCAGGGCCAGGAUAUCCUCGACAAAGCGAACGGCGUUGGCAAGUCUUCCAAGUCGGCCCAUCCACGCAUGUCCGCGCGAUCCAGGUCCUCCUCUAAAGUUCGAUUCGCGGAGGAUAUGGAUGAUUUUGAGACCCGGUCCAACCCAUCCACCUCGUCGCGAAGCGUACCAGAGCGGUGGGGAGGCAUGGAAAUCCCCGACGCAGAACGCGAUGCUGGCAAAGAAAUUCUGUACCAAGUGACACAGCAGGCCUUCAAUGAGCUGCUGGACGAGGUCUUCAAGAGAAAAGAAGACCUGGCUGUACGGGCGGCCGAAACCAAGGAGGAGCGGGAAAAGCAUCGUGAACUCCUAAACUCGGUCGAAUGUGAAGAUGAAGACGAUGAAAAUGAGGAAGCCAAGUCUACCCAAGAGGCCCCACGGCAGACUUGGGCCCAGGACUCGCAGCAAACCGAGCCCAUCCCGCAUCAAAGCCUGGAGGAAUUGCUGUCUGCUAGUGGCUACGCAGUUAGCCCCCCGGGCGGAGAUGCCGAGGUGCAGGCCGGACCCGCCAACGGCGUGGUAACAGAUGCGCCGCACGGAAGCAACGAGGAGCGGGGCGCAGCCAUCGGGUCUACUGGCGCGGAAGUAGAUGCUUCUCGGCCCGAGACAGCAACAUACCGUGAUCCGACCAUGCCGCAGUUCAGGCCCGACAGCCCUUCGCAGGCUACAGUUAACGGGGUGACCUCGUUGAGUGCAGGUGACAAGCCGGACAGUUCAGGUUCGAAGGGUAAGGAAAAAGCGACGGAAUGCGACUCGGCAGACCAUAUACCCCAUUCCACGCUGGUGACAUGGAGACGGCUUGACUACGCGGAGGAGGAGGCGCGGGAGAGAGGUGGAUGGGGCAGGCUCAGCUAUGAGGAGUUUGAGGAGAUAUACCGCGAACACGAGUUCCAGGAUAGCACUCGGAACCGGCUCGACUACCUGGGGAGCUGGAUCGACUUCUGCAUUCCCUAG